AUGGACCCAAAAUUCAGAUAACAAACUUUCAUUUCUGACUAGAUUACUAUUGAUUUAAGUAAUGAAAUAUUUGGUUUUGAUUUUUUCUCUGUUUAAAGUGGAUAAUAUUUAAGUUAAUUAUAGGCCCAAUAAAAUAAAACAUAUUUUGUUUUCUUCGCAAAUUUUGCAUUUACCAAUUCUAAAAAUAAAAACGACAAUUUAAAUGUACCUUUAGAUAUAAUUAAAUGCUAAAGAUAAGAGUUGUAAGGAAUGAACUGCUUAGAUUUUAGCAAAUUAUCUAAUCCUUAGCUAGUUCUAAAAGACAAUCAGAGCAUUUUAUCUUACAUAUAACUAUUUGUUUAUAGAUGCUAAGAUGUUGAUUCAAUUAAGACUUCAGUUCCAGAUAAUUGUGCAGACGAAUAAAUUAUAAGUUAAUUAAUUAACUAUUCUGCUUUUAAAUUAUAAAUAAAAACAUAAAUUUCUUAAUUUAACAUAACUUCAAGUCAAAUUUAGUAGUAAUAUAAAAGUUAAGUUUUCGUGAAUACUGCUAAUAUUUUCAUGUAUAAUGAGUUAAAAAUUCAAAACUAAAUUACUUCAGUUUAGUAAGGUCUGAUAAUUUAAGAUUAACAAACUUUCUCAUCUCCAUUAUCAUAAUAAAUUGUCACUUAUUCCUAUGAUCGUAACUAAAUUAUAUAAGACACUGGUCUUAAAGCUUUAAGUGAAAUUGUAAUUGGUUUAGAUGAAAGCUAAACCUAAUUUCAGAUACAAUUUCCAAUUUUUACAGAGGUUUUAGCGCUUUGCAAUAGCACAUUAGCAAUGCUACUUCUUUUAGGGUCGUUUUGUAGGAAAGUAGCAUAAAAAUUUAUUAGAAGAGACAUGUUUUUGAUCUUAAUGAAGGACUUCUUUUCAGGGACAUAUUUAUAGAUCAUGUAGCAUAAUAAAAUUAUCAGCAUUAAUGAUUAAACUUAAUAAAAUGAAAUUGCCCUUGAUGAAUAAGCUGAAGAAAAAUUAAAUAAAAAUUAUGAUGAAGACAAUAAAUAAGAUAUAUUUAUUCCAUCUUUAACUCCUAAAUCUUGCAGAUAAUAAUUUUAAUAACAUCUAAGCAAUGAUACAUAAAAUACAUGUUAAGACUAAGUAUAAGAGGAGUUAAGAACUUAAAUUUAAAAACCAGAUGAAAUUUUAGAAUCAUUAAGAAUUAAUUAAAGCAAGAUAAUAAGCAAGUAAACUAACUUCGAUAAAUAAUCAGAUUAUUAGAUUAGACUAAAUUUUAAUAAGUCUGAUCAAAAUUAAAAAAAAUAUGCGCAAAGUGGAAUUAGAAGUAUUUAGUAACAAUAAUAAUUCCAAUUAUUUAUGAAAGAUUCUAAUGAUAACCUUGUAAAUGGAGUAUCUAUAACCCCUAAACGCUUAAAUAGAUAAGCUUAAAUGAGUUAAUCAAAUUAAUUAGAAACUUCAGAAAGAGAGACUAAGAAUAUUAAAAGACAGAACGAGCAAAUAAAUAAAUUUUUUUUAGAUUUGAAUGAUAGAUCAGUUCAUCAAAAGAUUGAAUAAAUUCUCUUUUAAUUUAAGUUGUACAAGAAAAAAGAGUUUUUAUAAUCUAAAGGACUGAAAAAAUAGAUUAUUAGUGAAAUUGAGUAGCGAAUAGAUGAAAGUUUAGAUUAUUAUGCCUUUUACAAAGAAAUUUUGUUAAUAAAGAAAGCUAUUAUGAUGAUUUUAAAUAAGCAAUAAUUUGCUGCUUUAUAAAUAAUUGGAAUUGAUUUGGAAAAACAAAGUAAAAAUUAGGAAAACAUAAAGAUGAAUUAUUUAUCAGAGGAAGCAACAGAAAAUCAUUUCAAAGAGCAGUAUGAAAUUCUAUAAUCAAAAGAUUUAUAGUUAUAAUAUAUUAAUGAUUUCUUAAAAAAAUGUGAGCAUGAUAGAUCAAAUUUGGAUAAUAUUGACAAAAGAAUAUUGUCUUCCUUAUUAAUUUAUUAGUAAAAUUGA